ACCUUGGCUCUAGUUCUUCAGAUUAUUAAGGAGUCCCAGCAGCAGCAUGGCUUACGGCAUGGAGACUUUCAGAGGUACAGGGGCUACUGCUCCCGCAGACAGAGGCGGCUCCGGAAGACACUCAACUUCAAGAUGGGGAACAGACACAAAUUCACAGGGAAGAAGGUGACCGAAGAGCUCCUGACCGAUAACAGGUACUUGCUUCUGGUGCUGAUGGAUGCCGAGAGAGCCUGGAGUUACGCCAUGCAGCUCAAACAGGAGGCCAACACCGAACCCCGAAAACGCUUCCACCUGCUCUCCCGCCUCCGCAAAGCCGUGAAGCACGCGGAGGAGUUGGAGCGCUUGUGCGAGAGCAGCCGCGUGGACGCCAAGACCAAGCUGGAGGCCCAGGCGUACACGGCCUACCUGGCGGGGAUGCUGCGCUUCGAGCAUCAGGAGUGGAAAGCCGCCAUCGAGGCGUUCAACAAGUGCAAGACCAUCUACGAGAAGCUGGCCAGCGCGUUCACAGAGGAGCAGGCCGUGCUGUACAGCCAGCGCGUGGAGGAGAUCUCGCCCAACAUCCGCUACUGCGCCUACAACAUCGGGGACCAGUCAGCUAUCAACGAACUCAUGCAGAUGAGGCUGAGGUCUGGGGGCACCGAGGGGCUGCUGGCUGAAAAAUUGGAGGCACUGAUCACUCAGACCCGGGCCAAGCAGGCAGCUACGAUGAGCGAGGUGGAGUGGAGAGGGCGGACGGUCCCGGUGAAGAUCGACAAAGUGAGGAUCUUCUUACUAGGACUGGCUGACAACGAGGCAGCCAUUGCCCAGGCUGAAAGCGAAGAAACCAAGGAGCGUCUGUUCGAGUCCGUGCUCAGCGAGUGCCGGGACGCCCUCCAGGCCGUGCGGGAAGAGCUCAAGCCCGACCAGAAACAGAGAGAUUACACCCUUGAUGGAGAGUCGGGGAAGGUGUCUAAUCUUCAGUACCUGCACAGCUACCUGACCCAUAUCAAGCUGUCGACAGCGAUCAAGCGGAACGAGAGCAUGGCGAAAGGCCUGCAGAAGGCACUGCUGCAGCAGCAGCCGGAAGACGACAGCAAGCGCUCCCCCCGGCCCCAGGACCUGAUCCGGCUCUACGACAUCAUUCUGCAGAAUCUGGUGGAAUUGCGCCAGCUUCCUGGCUUAGAGGAGGACAGAGCCUUCCAGAAGGAGAUAGGCCUCAAGACCCUGGUGUACAAGGCUUACAGGUGUUUCUUCAUUGCUCAGUCCUACGUGUUGGUGAAGAAGUGGAGUGAGGCCCUUGUCCUGUAUGACCGAGUCCUGAAAUACGCGAAUGAAGCCGGUUCUGACGCCGGAGCCUUCAAGAACAGCCUGAAGGACCUGCCAGACGUGCAGGAGCUCAUCACACAAGUGAGGUCCGAGAAGUGCUCCCUGCAGGCGGCAGCCAUCUUGGACUCAAGCGACCCCCGUCCAACAGAGGUCUCCUCCCAAGUCAAGGACAGCAAGCCUCUGGUCGAACGGUUUGAGACGUUCUGCCUGGACCCUUCCCUCGUCACCAAGCAGGCCAGCCUGGUGCACUUCCCCCCGGGCUUCCAGCCUGUCCCUUGCAAGCCCCUGUUCUUCGACCUGGCCCUCAACCACGUGGCUUUCCCGCCCCUGGAGGACAAGCUGGAGCAGAAGACCAAGAGCGGCCUCACCGGGUACAUCAAAGGCAUCUUUGGGUUCAGGAGUUAACCGGCUCCUCCUUGGGGGUCGGGGAGUUACUGACUCUGAGUCUGUGUUGUGAGAAAACCCCAGCAAGUUCCGUGACAUUAAAGCCAGGUCCGCACCGGCCCGGGGCGCGCGAGUACCUGCCGCAGCCCAGCGUCCCUCCGUCUGUUCUGUGCACGUCCAUUCUAGCCAGUGCUCGCAGCCUCUGGCCCUGUGGUCAGUGGCUGGGGCCCCUCUGUCCCCACGUCCCCAGGGAGUGGCCGCCACACUCUGGGCCUGCGGGAGCCGGGACUGGCGGCCUUGGGUCGGUAGCGCGUUCGGGGUCACGCCAGGCACGGAUGGGGCUGUCAGGUCGCGUCCUCAGUACCGUGGCCAGGAAGGGCCGCCUCGCCGUGCGCCCUGAAGCCUGUGAGCGGCCGAGACUCAGACACUGGCCGCGGCCCGGGGUGCAGCCAGCCUUAUUCCCCUUCACCUCCAAGUGCAAGCUGAGACGUUUCAGAACAAGCAAAGAGCUCUAUUUUUAGAAGAAAUGUGUUACUCUCACAGUGAUGGAAGCAAAUCUUAUAUUAAAAGGCAGAGAUGCUGGA